GACAGUGGUUCUGGCAACGGUGGGAGGAGGGAGGCGAGGGCAGCCCAUUCUGGCCAAGAGGUUGAGGUGCUCGAAAACUACUUGAGUGAAAGAGAGCUUAUCCAGUGGGUCGCGAGAAUAUCGACAAGCAUUGAAGGUCUUCGAGAAUAGAUUUGGCUGCGUUUGGCUCCAGCUGCAGGGUGGAGGUGGAAGGGGCAGCCCCUCAUUAUGCUUAUUAAGCAUCUGCUACUUCCCGAUCACUGCUCUUGAGGCUGAGGGUGCCUCGGUGAACAAGGCUGACUCCCUCCCUACCUGAGCAGAAGCAAUAGCAUUGCGGUCAGGGAAACUCAGGGGUCCUGUUGGUAUUUUCCACCCUUGUGUGCACCUCUGUCAUAGCUCUUGCCACAGUAGAGUUUUCCUUCGUGUCUUGUGCAAGAUCUGCCGGUAUUUAAGGCUGAGUAAGUGUGGGCGCUGCAGCUGCAUUGUUGCAUCGUUGAGCUCAGAGUGUGGACUGUGGCACAGUCUCAGUGAUGUUUGUGAAGUUAUUAAUAUAUUUGGGCGUGAUGACAUGAGGAUAGUGGAAUAGAGCUAGAGAUUAUAUUACAUUUCGGUGCUGGCAUUGGGUGUCUGGUGAUGUCUUGUACAGACAAGGGAUGUGAAGAGUGAGUUUGGGGUGGGCGGGGCUUAGGUUUCACAGGUCAUUUUUGCCGUGUGCAGUGGUUUGCUAGUCAAACCCUGGUAGGCAAUUGCAUACUUGAGUCUGGCACUGAGGGGCACGCGGUCUCUGUGGAGAUGCAGAUUUGGCAUCAUCAGCAUUUAGGAGAUCCUUGAAACUAGUAGAGGUUGAAAUAACCCUAGAGAAGAGGGCCUAGAGAAGAGGGCCUGGGAAUGCCACGUUUGGGAAAGGGAAAAACAGCUACUGAUUUCAGUAGGAUGGAAAAUGAGGUGGAGGUGAGAAGCAUGAGGUAGAGGAUCCGGAAGAGACGUCUUUGGCUGUGUGGUCUGUCACUCGCGAUGAUAAUUCAGGCCCACACAAUGUCUCAAAUUGAUUAUGUGAUUGACAAGAUCCCCCUCCCCUGAGCUGAUGCCCUUUCUACAGCCAGAAGCCAAUGGCUAGGGACAAAGCCAAACCCUGUGAGCUGGACCAGGAGAAAUACGAUGCUGAUGACAAUGUGAAAAUCAUCUGCCUGGGAGACAGCGCUGUGGGCAAGUCCAAGGCUCUGGCUGGAACUCUCGGUGCUGUGUUGAAUAGAAGUGGCAAAAGCAGGCAUCCUCUUACUUCUCACUUGGAGUUCCUACAAUCUGCCUGUGAUGUGGAACAGUGUGAGUUUAUCCUGCCUGGAGUUUGUUCAGCUUCCCAGACUCAUGGAGAGGUUCCUCAUGGAUGGAUUCCCCAGCAGCUGUCCACAUACGCCCUGACCCUGUACAAGCACACGGCCACGGUAGACGGCAAGACCGUCCUUGUGGACUUUUGGGACACAGCAGGCCAAGAGCGGUUCCAGAGCAUGCACGCCUCCUACUACCACAAGGCCCACGCCUGCAUCAUGGUGUUCGAUGUGCAGAGGAAAAUCACGUACAGGAACCUCAGCACCUGGUAUGCAGAGCUGCGGGAGUUCAGGCCGGAGAUUCCGUGCAUUGUGGUGGCCAAUAAGAUCGAUGCAGACAUGAAGAUGACCCAAAAAAGUUUCAAUUUUGCCAGGAAGUUCUCCUUGCCCCUGUACUUUGUCUCAGCUGCUGAUGGUACCAACGUUGUGAAGCUCUUCAGUGAUGCGAUCCGAUUAGCCGUGUCUUACAAACAGAACUCCCGGGACUUCAUGGACGAGGUUUUGCAGGAGCUCGAGAACAUCGACUUGAAGCGGGAGGAGGAGGAGGAGGAGGAGGAGCAGAUGCCAGACAAGGAGCAGCCGGGCUGCCAGCAGAGCCCAUCUCCCUCGCUCCCAACUAAACCAGUCAAUUUAAGAAUGAUUUUGAGCAGAGAGCUGUUUGUUCCUUAAGUUUUUCUAGAGCUCUUCUCGAUAUGGCCAGUACUUUGAUGAACAGCGAGGCCAAGAUCACAGGCCCAAGUUUGCUGUUAACAUCAAGAGAAAGCAGGUGAUAGGUCUGGCCGCAGACUAAUACGCAGACAUCACUGCUGUGAGCAUCACGGUCAAUACAGCCACACACAAGGCAUGCAUGAUAAGCAAUUGACUUUAGGAAGCUUCUUUUAAAAUCCGUAUUUCAUUUUUCUGGGGACUGAUGUGGGCUGUGAGCCUCCUUGGGUGGCAAGGGCUGCUGAGAACCGACCUGCCACCUUUUCCAUUUAUAUCCAGGACUUGUUGCUCACUAGAAUGCUUUUAUGAUCAUCUUGUACAUCAUUUCCAUUAAAAGUUUUUUUACAAUAAAGAUUGAAUUACAUAAACAGA